GUCCCAGGGCAGCUUAUGUAACAGGACAAUUGCAGUGUCCUCUCCAACAAUGGCGCGCCGCUGACAAACCAUAUCAUCAACCACCUAAGCCACCCAGCGAUUCGACUGGAAGGCUCAAAUCACCGUGAUAAAAGCAUGUGACAACAACGACGCAAAACUUCGCAAUUUAGGCUUCAUUUCCACUGUUUUCCCAGCCAAAAUGAAGCUCUCGGGCAUGUUCAGGCUGCCUGUACUGCUCGGUGCUGCGCUGCUGGCGCCCGCGACACUUGGGGCCGAGCAUACAAGCAACUGGGCCGUACUGGUCUGCACGUCGCGCUUCUGGUUCAACUACCGCCAUCUUGCUAAUGUCCUCUCUAUCUACCGCACCGUCAAGAGGCUUGGCAUCCCUGAUUCGCAAAUCAUCCUCAUGCUGCCUGACGACAUGGCCUGCAACCCGCGCAACGCCUUCCCGGGCACCGUCUACUCCAAUGCCGACCGCGCAGUCGAUCUAUACGGCGACAAUAUUGAGGUGGACUACAGAGGCUAUGAGGUGACGGUGGAGAACUUCAUUCGGCUGCUGACCGACCGUGUGGGAGAGGAGAUGCCGCGGAGCAAGCGGCUCUUGACAGAUGACCGCAGCAAUAUAUUGGUGUACAUGACGGGCCAUGGCGGCAAUGAAUUUCUCAAAUUCCAGGACGCCGAGGAGAUUGGCGCGUUUGAUCUGGCCGAUGCGUUCGAGCAGAUGUGGGAGAAGAAGAGAUACAACGAGAUCCUCUUCAUGAUCGACACCUGCCAAGCCAAUACCAUGUACAGCAAGCUCUACUCGCCCAACAUCAUCGCCACGGGCUCCUCGGAGCUGGACCAAUCCUCGUACUCGCACCACGCGGACAACGACAUUGGCGUCGCCGUCAUUGACCGCUACACAUACUACAACCUCGAGUUCCUCGAGACCGAGGUGCGUGACACGAGCAGCAAGAAGACGUUGGGCGACCUGUUCGACAGCUACACGUACGAGAAGAUCCAUUCCCACGCCGGCGUCCGCUACGACCUAUUCCGUGGCGGGGCGGAAGCAGCGCGCAAGAGGCUCGUGACGGAUUUCUUUGGCAACGUCCAGAAUGUCGAGGUCGAUGGCGCCGGGAACACCACGGCCCUGGAGGAGGAGCUGCUCUCGCUGAGUAGGACCAUCGCGGUGCUGCACCACAAGGCGGACGAGGAAGAGGAGGCAGUGGCAGCGCAGAGAAAGAAUGCGACAGGACAGGCUGAGGUUAAGGCGUCGGCGCAGAAGAACGUGCAUUCUGUGAAGCCACUGACGGAUGAGAAUUGGUGGUCGAAGAAGGUAUAUGGGGCUGCGGCUGUUGCCGGGUGCACAUUAUUGUGGGGGCUAAGCUCAUAUCUAGAAAGUCCCGGGAGGUGAGGAGGACUUGCUGAGACUAGUAUUCUAAUAAAUCGAUGGCAUUCAUUUGGUUUAACAGAUCGCUCAGUAGCUGGUUUCACGUGGCCUGUGAUUCACCCCAUACUGAAAGUGAUAUGGAUUGAGAGGCUUGUGGCUGCCAAAGAAGUCCGAUGCACGGGAGGGAGAGACCAUGGCUACAACAGUGCCAUGGAAUUGCCGCAUCUAACAGAUUGACCACCGGAGUUCGAAAGUCCGAGAGGG